CAACCAUGUUUCUCAAGUGAUCUGGCAACACUGCGGCUAUGACUAGCGAAACUAAAUGUGCGGAUUUAAAACAAAUUCAGCGUCCCACAUUACGCGGCUUGAGAAAAUGUGCAAGUUGUGGCGCCAUAAAUGGCAGUCGUGCGCUCCUCUGCCGGAAUACCACAUGUCCGCAAAACAAGAAUGUGCUCGAUGGCGUACAACUCGUCUGCCGGCGAGCCGGCUGUGCCAUCUAUUCGGUGCGCACCAAAGAACGAGAUCCGGAGGCGCAGCCGCGCAAUUUCGUGUGCAUUGAGGAUGUGACGCUUUCGCUGCAACCGAAUGCAGCUGUGGUGUCCAGCAAAGCCGUGUGCUAUGUGGAUGCAUGCAAGGCCGACAACGAUUGCCGGCACAUAAAAGCCUGCCGGGAGGGACACGAUCAGAUGCCCAAAGCGCAGGUGUACACGGUGUCGCGCGAGGUGCUCUGGAAUCUGAACAUCAGUCUGGAGCAGAAGCAACAGCUCUGGCAGCAGUACAAGUCGGCCGAGGACCGGGAACAGCUGCCGGCGGUGCAGCGCCUAAACGCAACCACUUUUGUGGUCAAGUGCGAGUGCUCGAAUACAUUUCCAGCUGGGCAACUGCACGUGACGGCCCUUGCCAAUGGACUGUCUACCAAGAAGGGCACAUAUGCGUGUGCCUGUCGCAAGCUAAAGAUUAUUGUCGAGCCGGACAACUCGCUGGUCAUGCAGGACGAAAUCUGUGACCAUUUGCUGCUCGUGCUGGCCGGCAUACUCAGUUCGCCACAGGGCAAAACAAUCUAUGGCAACUUUACUAGGAGCCUGCAAACAUUUUGGAUGCCCGACAAGCUGGAGACGCCACUGGGCGAGGCCACGCACGACGAUUUGCAUUUGAGCUUGAGCAUCAACUUAAGCGGCGAUAUUGAUCCUUCCGAAGAUAUAUACAUAUUUGACGAUGAAUUCUGUGUGGCAGACACGGAUCUGCUGCCCAUGCCGGAGGAGCUCUCGGAUAUUAUUUACGAUGUGAACACAACGCCUUCUUCCAAUAGCACCUGCAGCAGUUUGGUCAACGACACACAGCUUUUGUCCAAUUUCGAUAUAUACGCUGAGCAGCAGCAGGACCAACAUCUGGAGCUGACAGAUUGCAAUAUUGAGCUAAUGGAUCAAUAUCAACUGACCGACCAAAUUGAUUUGUGCAGCGAUGAUAUUGAGUUGCCGCUGGUUAGCGAACCCUUUAACAUCUUGGCGCCUCAGCCCAUCUAUACAAAGGCGCCGCCAGCAGCCAACAAUCAGCAUCAGCUGCACGCCAUAGAGCUGCCCACCAUUGCGGUGGUCAAGAAGUCCGCUAUCAAAGCUUCUGAAAUUGUGGAGGAAGUCAAGACGCGCAAGCAACCGCCGCUGCCGGCAAAGCGUGCGCUCAUCGUGAAUGAGCCGACCUGCAAAACUGCUGCUGCUGAGACUGUGGGCGUGGCUGUGGAGCCGGCUCUGGCCUAUCAGGCCUGGCUGGACUAUGUGAUAGAGCUGCUCAACGUAUCCAUCGAGCCCGAUCCUACGGCUAUGCAGGCAGUUAGCACGCGGCAGCUGCUCCAAAGCUUUCAUGUGCACAAGGAAACAUUUUCGCACUUUAGCAAGAGCUUCAGUGCGGGCAUUAAGCGGCGUCCCUUGCACCAAGUUGCAGUCAUCGAAGCCGGCAGACACAAAGGUCUCAGCAAGUAUAUCUGGCACUUUAGCGCCUCGCACACGGUGAAGCGCAUCUUCAGCAGUCGCAAUCUCAGCUUGCAGCUGGAGCGCUGCUUUGAACGCCAUGCAGAUGGACAUUUUGUGCCCUAUGUGCGACAGACUUCCACGCAGACAGCCGCACAGACCAAACAGCGCUUGGUGCAUACCAAACUGAGGCUUUUUAUGGUCAAAAUGCUCUUCGAUGUCGAGCAACAGAUAAAAAGUGGCUUAUAUAUCUCCUGGCUGCCCGACGUGUUGCCACGCAGCAGCUUUGGCCAGAUGGAUGUGGAAUUUACGCUGGAAACGCGCGCUCCGCUUUAAAUGACUUGAGAAGGACUCGAAAAGAUAUUUAAAACAAUAUAUGGGUAAAAGUACAAAUAAAAAGAAGAAGAACGUGUACAGCAAUAAAUAAAUGUUAAAUAAUAUGUAAAAUAGGUUUAAGGACUCGCUUAAUAAAACUAGGCAAAUGUUUA